AUGGAUAAAUACACUUUUCCUCUCUUGAGCCCAGGAGAUAUUUACACUCAUUUACGCAAUUCCCUUGGCUUUGCUGCACUUUCUGAAGAAGAUAUAACCAAGCCAAAAUUUGACACUAUACGUGAAAUUUAUGUUCAUCUCCUGCAAGUAAUUCUCCACAAGCCAAAAGAGGAAUUUCUUCUAUCAAAACCUGAACAUUUGCAAAUAAUGAGAAACCCUGAACUUUAUGAUAAUUCGAUUCCAACAGCUACUAUUUACACAAAAGUAUCUAAGAUCCUUAAUAGAAUUGGCUGUAAAGAUGAUCCUUUUAAGCUCCAAGACUUAUUAUUUCCUGAUUUUAAAAGAACCCGAAAAUUUUUAUCAGCAUUUAUAAAUUACAUCAAAUUUAUGACUGAAGAACAAGAGCUCAUUUUUGAUAAAAACCAGGAAUCUAUACUAAUGAGAGUGGCUACAGAAGACUAUUUAAGAAUUAAAGAAGAAUACGAAAAAUCAUUGGCAGAAGUACAAACACUUAAGAGAAAAAGACAAGAAAAACUGCCUGUAAUUGAAGAAAAACAGCAAAGAAUCAUGCUAUUUGACCAAGAAAAACAAAAAAUUUUAGAAAAAAGAGAAAUGAUUGAAAAAAAUAUUGAAAAUUUAGAAAAAGAAAUAAAUGAGUGUGAGCAGAAAAACUCACAGUAUGAGAUCAAGCACCAAGAACUGGUAAAAGAAAUUGCAAUGGCAAAUAAAGAAAUAGUAGAGUCUCCACAUAAAAUAAAGCUUCCACUAGAGCAGCUAAAAGAAAGAUUGCAAAAUGAAAGAAAUGAUUUUGAUGAAGAACAAACAAAAUCUAGAGAGACUGGAAACAAAAUCGAUAUAAUGGAAAAAAUCAUGGUAUCUGUAAAAACAGCUGGCUCUCUUAUAGAAAAUUGUGCUAUUAGUAUGGGCAGAUACAAAGAAUUGGAACGCCAAGUCAACCAACAAAAGCAGCGAUCUUUAGAAUUGGAAAAAGAAAUUCGGCAAAAAAAGAUGACCCAUUCAGGCCUUGAAAAUGAUUUACGGGCUUUAGAAGACAGAGUUAACUGUAUUAUUAAUAAAAUGGUGAGGAAUUUUAUACUUCGCCCGCCUUCUUUAUGGUGCUUUACCGCUUUUCCCUCUUAUAUAAAAGAUAGAACUCUUCAGGUUGAACAACGCUGGAGGAAAAUCGGAUAGAGCGAGACAGAGUGCCAAGCGCUAGUGUUCCCGCACUUCUGGAUUCCCAAAUAACUUCAAUGGACUCGCAGGAGCGAGUUCAACAAUAGCUCGAGAGCAGCGACAAUAUGGAUAAAAAUGACGUCUCCCCACGCUGCUCAAUAAGAGGCCUAACUGGAAAUUAGUUAAAUUAAGCUAAUUGUUGUUAGGCUAACCGUAUCAAUAAGGCUGCUGAAAGCAAAAUAUUUACUCUCGACAAAUCAAUUGACCAAAAGCAAGGAGAAAAAUCAAAUUUGCUGGAGCAAAAAAGAAACACUGAAAAAAUGGUCAAAGAACACCAAGCACAAUUAUCAGAACUCAUAGUAGACUUCGAAAAUAAACAAGCAGAGCAUAACUCGCAAAUGCUUUAUUUAGAAAAUGAGCACACAAAACUGAUAAAACGAGCUGAAGAGUACAGAAGAAAUAUAGAAGGAAUGUUUGAAAAUUUUGAUGAGCAGCUGGAUAAUAAAGAAAAUUUUAUAAGUAAAAAUAAUUAA